AUGUACACAUAAUAAAUAAUUGAAUUCUAUGUCAUAAAUAUAGAACCCACAUUAUUAUCUCAAUCGAAGUUCUCAUCACAUUUUAGACAGUAACUUUAGAGGAUAAAUUAGACUUUUCCAUUUUAUCAUUCUUAAUCAAAAAAAGUUUAAUAUAUAUAUAAGUAUUAGGGUUUAUUAUUAAAGAUGAUUAAACACCAUGGGAAAUUAAAAUCUCCAAAAUAAGAUGUUGUUCAAACAUAUGCUUCUCCAAAAUCAACAUUCUACAUCACUAGAAAAUUAGUUUCAAGCAACAGUGAUAGGUCAAUCAAAUUACUUAAUUACAAAAAGGUAGACAUCUAAAAAAUACAGAAUUAAUAAACUUAUUCCGAAUCAAGAGCUUAAACAACUGCUGAUUACAGAAGUCUAUCAACAAUUCCAACUCACACAAAGGGAUAAUUAUCUUAAAAUAUUGAGUAGCAAUCAUAUGGGAUUAAUACUGAAAGGCAAUAAUCUGCUAGCAUACUUUCUACAGAACUUAUCACUAAUCGUUUACCAAAAACAAGUAGAGUUGUAUCGCUUUAUUAACUUACAACUUAAAAUCCUUAGCCAUUUAAAAAUGAAUUAGUAAAUGAUGUUUAAGGAUUGAGUCCUUUUUAAUACAGAUCAAAGAUUAGGAUCAAUUCAAUAAUGGGGGAAUUAACAAAGUUGAAUCAAAUUGAAUAAGAAAUGGUAGAUAAUACUCCCAUUCUUUUUAAACAAGGUUGUAAUUUCAGAAAAUCUAUUUUUAUGAAUACUAAUUAUUCAACUUAUUAAAAAAUGUCAAAAGUUAAAAUAAGAAAUAAAUAAUAAAGUAAUUAAAAAUAAUAAAUAUAUCUCUCCAGAGUAUUAAAGAAUAUAAAAGAUUAUCAAAACGAAAAAUCAGAAUCAAAGUAGCUAUUAAGAAAAUUUUCUUAAAUAUGGAAAGAAAAUUUCUCUUCAACAUAAUUCUAAGAUUAAUAAUAAUAUCAGAAAUCUUCUUAAUAAUUUAAGCUCUAUUUUAAUUAAUAUAUUGAAAAAUUAUUAAAUAAGCAUAUAAUUUAUUAGUAUAUACUCGAAACCCUUGAGUGGAUAAAACAAUAAACUGAAAAGGCUAAGCAGAAAAACAAAUUCAUUCAUGAGUCGAGAAAAAUGUAUAUAAAGAAUCACAAACUGAAGUGUGUUCAAACCGAAAUAUUUGAUCAGAAAUUUAGAUACAUAUAGGAUAUAAAAUCAUUUGGGAUGUAUAUAGUUUAUAUUUUUUAGAAUAGGAUAGAUAUUUUAAGCGAAAUUUAGCUAGAUGAAAUAAAUAAUCUUUCAGAAUCAGAGUAAGAUGAGCCAAAAGUAAAAUAAGUAGCUUAUUUCACAACUUAAAUAUCGAGUUAUUCAACUAGCUAUCACAUUGAUCAUAUAAUAUCUAUUUUGGAUAACUAAACAAAAAAUGCUCUCUUAUCGGUUGACUAUACUGAUUUAGAUUAAUUGAUUUAUAAAAACAACAUUGAAGAAUCUAUACCAUAGACUCAUUCAGAAAACUCCUAAGUGAAAAGAUUUGUGUCUGCCCAUUUCUAUAAAUACUACUCAGAUAUUCUAAUUGGAGGUUUUAUCAAUUUAGACCAGUUAACUGAUAUUGAAGAUAACAAUUAUUUUGAAUAGCAAUAAUAAUUGAUUCCUCCAAAUCUGGACAAGAAAGCCAUGCUAAUGAAUUUGCGAAGAAAAACAAGAGAAGCAAAAAUUUAGGGAAGAAGAUCAAAUAUAUUUGAAAAUCAAGAACCUUAAUAAUUUUCUAAUAUCUUUCUUAUAUCAAAUUCAAAUAAUGUAGUUUUAAAAGUUCCUGACAAAAGUAUCCAAAGAAGAAUGAGUAAAUCAAUGCAUAAUUUGAAAUCAGAUCAAAUUUUUGAAGAAGUAUAAGAUAUUAAUAAAAGUUUAUAAAUGGAUAGUAUAACAAAAGAUUUUAAUAUGAAAGUAAAUUUACAUAUAAUUUAGACUAUUAAAUAUAAAUAAUAAUUGAGAUUAUAGAAUUUGAUGUUAUUUGAGCAAAUCAUUAAAAAGGAAAGUUCUUAAACACAAUUGGUUUAAAUGAUGAUUGAACAUAAUCUGGUUGAUGAGUUGAAAGAAUUCUUGAGAUAGCAUCCGAAUUUUUCUUUAAACUAAAGAAAUAUAGCAGGAAAACCAUUUAUUAUGUUGGCAGCGCAAUCUGGGAAUGCAGAGCUAGUGUAGUACAUGAUGAGUUUAAAUGUGCUAGUCAAUAUUAAAGAUGUAAAGAGUUGGUUAAAAAUUAGUUAGAUGGAAACACUGCUCUUCAUUAUGCAGUUGCUUUAGGAUAUUAUCAUGUAGCCGAUAUACUAUUACAAAAUGGAGCCAACCCUUAUAUUAAAAAUAGAUGUAAUUAAAAUCCAUGGAACUGGAAUUAAUAACUUCCAAAAUAUGUUUGUUGA